AUGUGCAGCUCUUUGGGCUUCUUAGUAAUAAUCCUGUUACUCAACACGGUCGCAGGAUGGCCAGUUGAUGAAGUUAUACGACAACUCAAUCGCGAUUUGGAUAGACAACUGAAUGUCUAUUUCGACUGUCAAGAUCAGGAACUAUCCAUCGACCAGAGUGUGUCAGCUUUACAUCUGAACACUUAUCUUCCCAUGGAAAGACUGAUGGGAAGGUUUAGUGAAAACGCCUUGAUUAUAGCCUGUUUGUCGGAAACCACAGAAAAUCAAACUCUGGCAGGAGUUAAGGAGUUUCUUUGGGCUUUACAGCACUUGCCUGUUUUAUAUAUCACUAGAAAUCGGGCUGUGGAUUUUGGCAAAGCCUUGAAACAAGGAUUCCUGCAUGUAUUGGCUUUGGAUGUGACGAAUGGAAGUCUGUUCACCUAUAAACCCUAUCCACAUAUUGAACUACAUCAAGUCGAAGAAAUCAAAGAUUUUAGGCACUUAACGAAGCUGAGAAACCUGCAAGGGGAGCCGGUAAGGAUUAGUGUUGAAACAAUGUCACCUCGUUGUUUUCACUACAAGAACCGCCAUGGAAAGGAAGUUUAUGCUGGUUAUAUGUACAAGUUGAUCCAGGGAUUUAUUAACACCUACAAUGGCACUGAGACUUAUGUUCUAAAAGAUCAAGAUCCCAUACCCUACACUAUUGGCUUCAAAAUUUUACAAAACGGCGACGUUGAUAUUGUUCCCAGGAUUCUGUUCAACUUUAAUUGGACUUACUUUUAUCGCAGCUAUGUCCUCUAUAACGUCAAUAGCUAUUUCAUAGUGCCUUGGGCGGAACCACUCCCAAAGAGUCUUUACUUCAUAAGGACUUUUCGAUGCAAUGUUUGGAUAGCGUUAAUUCUAAGUUUCAUUUACGCUUCAAUUGGAAUUUGGUGGAUAAAGUUCAGGAAGCAAAACGCGGCAUCAACUUCUUUGGCAUCCACUUUCAUGGAUGUACUCCAGUUGAUGGUCCAACUUCCUAAUCACAACCGAUGGCAUUUCAGUCUUGGACUGCGGCAUGUCCUUCCUUUCCUGGUACUCUUUCCUGUUGGCUUUGUAUUGACCAAUAUGUACACGGCCCAGUUAUCAAGCUCGUUAACCACUGGCCUUUAUAAGCAACAAAUUGACAGUUUUGACGAUAUGGUUAAUGGGAAGUUUAAUUUACUUCUCGAGAGCCUCGAUACGGAAGUUCUGCUGAGCAUGUCAAAGAGAAACUACAUUCAACCGGGUCUUCAAAACAUUGUUCGAGAAACAUCUUUGGAGGAGGUUCUUUAUCUUCGAAAAAAUUUAAAUACAAGCUAUUCGUACCUCGCCUUUGGUGAUCGCAUUGAAUUUGAGUUGAGCCAACAGCAAUACCUUCGAGUGCCGCUUUUUAAGAUACUUCCGGAGAUCUUUGUCCAACGACUUUUUUUCAUACCCCUCCGACAUGGAUUGCCGUACGUGGAAUUGUUCAACGAUUAUCUCCAGAGGAUCUGGGAGUCUGGAAUCUAUCAAAAGCUCAGGUUGAAUGCCUAUCUCGAAGGAAUUUCCAGUGGAGAGAUAACCUUUCGAAAAUCCACAACAUGGGAAACUCAAGUCUUUAACAUGGAGUUCUAUUACUUUGCGUACAUACUUCUGGCUGUGGGUUGGCUAUUUGGGGGUGUUAUUUUUAUGAUUGAGAAGUGGAGGGGCUAAUUCGGAUAAUUUUUACACCUAUC